GCGAGCCAGCGUGGCGGUCGGCUAAAAGUGGUUGGAUAGCUCCGCGGUCUCGAGCCAUGGCUGAUGGCGGUAGGAUGCCGCAGGCCCGGGCACUCCUGCAACAGUGCCUGCAUGCCCGACUGCAAGUACGCCCAGCGGAGGGGGACGCUGCGGCCCAAUGGGUGGAGGUUCAGAGAGGAUUAGUGAUCUACGUGUGCUUUUUCAAGGGAGCGGAUAAAGAACUUCUUCCCAAAAUGGUUAAUACACUUUUAAAUAUGAAAUUAAGUGAGACAGAAAAUGGCAAGCACGUCUCUAUAUUGGAUCUACCUGGCGACAUUCUUAUCAUCCCUCAAGCCACCCUUGGGGGGAAAGUAAAAGGAAGAAACAUGCAGUAUCACUGUAACUCUGGAAAAGAAGAAGGGUUAGAACUUUAUUCCCAAUUUGUGACUCUGUGUGAAAAAGAAUUGGCUGCUAACAGCAAGUGUGCUGAAGCUGGGGUUGUGGUGGAACAUGGCACUUACGGGAACAGGCAGGUGUUGAAGCUGGAUACCAAUGGACCAUACACACACCUAAUUGAGUUUUGAAAAAUUAAAGUUGGUUUUUAUAAUUGUUUUCUAGUAUAAAGCGAUCUGAACUGAAAUUAGAUUUUCUUCGUCUUCAUCCUGAACACACUAACGUCUCCAGAUUCUGCCGCAUUUUCUGCCAAGAAAAAGCUUGGGUCCCACAUACAAACAACUCUGCAACCUCCUAAUUGGAUGACUUGCCGAGUCACCUAAACUCUGGAUCUUAGUUACCUAUCAUCCUGCUUUCCCCCCACCCUUCCACUUGAAAAUUUGAAAAGUGCUUUUGAUUGAUUUCAUAGUCUUUGUGAAAAUGUUCUUAGAGAACUGUAUUUAAGAUGUUUACAUACAUUUGAAAUAUUUUGCAGUGAAGAGUUUUGUGCAAUUAAGAAAAAGACAUUUCUUACACCCUCAAGUUUUAUGCAGUAUGUAAUGAAAAUAACUGCUUGUAUUAAAAAUCCAGCACAAACUGACCACAACUUUGUCAAUUUUGUUUAACUGUUUGUUUUCCACAUUUUGAGUGAAUGAAUAUAUGGUUUACUAUUCCUUUUAAUAAUAUCUGUGAAAUUUUAAUAUAAAAAUGUUAUCGUGUGUUCCGGUUUACUAAUGCUGCCGUUAUGCAAAAUACCAUAAAUGGAUUGGCUUUUAUAAAGGGAGUUUAUUUGGUUACAGAUUUACAGUCUGAAGGCCAUGAAUGUGUCCAAAUUAAGGCAACAACAUGAGUUGGCCUUAAGGAAGGUCAGUGGCAUCCAGAAAACCUCUGUUAGCUGGGAAGGCACAUGGCUAGCUUUUGCUGAUCCUGGGUGUUCCAGCUCCUCUGUCAACUCCUGUGCAUUCUUUAAAAUGUUGCUCUUGGGGUGUU